CUCCGCGCAAGAUAAACCCCGGCAGUCGGUAUCGACGCGGGGCACGGGACGGGCUUUUGUGAGUGCGUCGCACCGCCGCGGGGGGAAGAUCAGUUGUGAGUGUGCACGUGUCUUCAGACUGUGUGACCAGGCAGAGAGGCGGGGCGUCGCUGUAUUCGGGGGCAGACCUUCGCGUCACACACCGAUGAUGGAGAGGAGGAGGAUGGGCGCAGCACUGCUGGUGCUGUUAAUGGGACACCUCGCCACCGCGCUGGAUGUCCCACUAGACCUUCUGGAAGGAUUGCCGCAGCCACCGACCAUAACUCACCAGUCCCCCAAGGAUUACAUCAUCGACCCACGAGAGAGCAUUAUAAUCCACUGUGAGGCGAAGGGAAAGCCUCAUCCCAGUUUCUCCUGGACGAGAAAUGGGACCCACUUUGACAUCGACCAGGACCCCAACGUGAUCAUGAGGCCCCACUCUGGGACCCUGGUGGUGGACAUUAGCAGAGAGAAGGCUGAACAUUAUGAGGGGGUGUACCAGUGCACAGCAAGAAACAAACACGGAACCGCUGUUUCUAACAACAUUGUCGUGCGACAGUCCAGGUCCCCCUUGUGGUCAAAGGAGAAAAUCAAGCCAAUCGUCGUUCAGGAGGGCGUGUCCUUGGUGCUGCCAUGUCGACCCCCAGCUGGCCUGCCCCCUCCCAUAAUAUUCUGGAUGGACAAUAACUUCCAGAGGCUGCCUCAGAGCAGCAGGGUGUCCCAGUCCCUGAACGGAGACCUUUACUUCUCUAACAUACUCCGAGAGGAUUCCAGGAACGACUACAUCUGCUACGCCCGCUUCCCACACACACAAACCAUCCAGCAAAAACAACCCAUCACCGUCAAGGUCCUCAACCUGGAUGCAAUCAAUGACACAAUGGCAGCUUUUUACAAUGACACUGAUUUAUUUAGUGAGGACCCAGUGGAUGACAGGAAGCCAACCUUCCUCAUCCCAUCUGGCCCCUCCAGCUCCAAGAUGGUGUUGAGAGGACAGGUGCUGGAGAUGGAGUGUAUUGCAGAGGGACUGCCCACCCCUGAAAUCUCCUGGGCCAAAGUGAGCGGCGAUCUCCCGGCCAGGCGCACAUCCUUCCCGCAGUUCCAGAAGAUGCUGCAUAUUGUGAAUGUGUCGGAAUCAGACGCAGGAGAUUACCGCUGCACCGCCAGGAAUCGGCUCGGCUCGGUGCACCACACCAUCCGUGUCACAGUCAGAGCUGCUCCAUAUUGGAUCAGUGGCCCUCCAAGGAACCUUGUCCUAGCUCCAGGAGAGAAUGGUGUUCUGACCUGCAGGGCCAGUGGCACGCCCAAGCCCUCCAUCACCUGGGCUAUGAAUGGCAUCCCCAUAGAGAAUGCCCCUAAAGAUCUUAGCAGAAAGGUGGAAGACGACACCAUCAUCUUCACCGAUGUACAGACUGGAUCCAGCGCCGUCUACCAGUGUAAUGUCUCCAAUGACUAUGGUUACCUCCUCUCCAACGCCUUCGUCAAUGUCCUCUCGGAGCCGCCCAGAGUGCUGACGCCGGCCAACAAAGUGUACCAGGUCAUCAGAAAUCACCGGGCCCUGAUAGACUGCACUUCCUUUGGGUCACCCAUCCCCAAAAUCACAUGGUUCAAAGAAAGUCGGUCCAGCACCCUGGAUGGAGACCCUUACAUCCUGCAUGACAACGGGACUUUAGAGAUCCCUAUAGCUCAGGCCCGAAACAGUGGCAAAUACACCUGCGUGGCCAGAAACAUCCUCGGUAUCUUUGAGAAUCACGUCUACCUGGAGGUCAAAGAGCCCACCCGAAUCCUGAAGCAGCCGGAGUACAAAGUGGUCCAGAGGGGCAGGUCUGUGGUGUUUGAGUGUAAGGUGAAACACGACCCCACACUCAUCCCCACCAUGACCUGGCUCAAAGACGAUGGGGAGCUCCCUGAUGAUGAGAGAUUAAUUGUAGACUCUGACAGCCUCACCAUCACUGACGUGACAGAGAGCGACGCGGGCGUGUACACCUGCAUCAUGAACACCACUCUGGACCAUGAUUCAGCCAGCGCCGAGCUCACUGUGGUUGAGCAACCCGACCCCCCAACCGACCUAGAGCUGACGGACCAGAAAAAGAGGAGUGUUCAGCUCACUUGGACCCCUGGGGAUGAACAUAACAGUCCUAUUCAGAAAUUUUUGAUCCAGUAUGAAGACUCACUGCACCACCGAGGUCACUGGCAUAAUCUUACUGAGGUCCCUGGAACAAGGACGACAGCUCACCUCAAACUGUCUCCCUACAUUCACUACACCUUCAGAGUUUUGGCCCUCAAUGCUGUGGGUUUCAGCCGCCCCAGCUUCCCCUCCAGGAUGUACAAGACAGAUCCUGCAGCUCCGGAUGAGAACCCAACAGGUGUACAGGGAUUUGGAACAGAACAUGACAAUCUUGUAAUCUUUUGGAAGCCACUGACAGGCCUCCAGUCCAAUGGUCCGGGGCUUCAUUAUAAAGUAAUGUGGAGGCAGAAGGCAGUGGAAAGGGACUGGACCACGGUGACUGUCGCCAACAACUCCAAGUUUGUUGUGUCUGGAACGCCCACAUUUGUUCCAUACGAGCUAAAAGUUCAGGCUGUGAACGACCAUGGAGCUGGACCUGAACCUGCUAUUGCCCACGGCUUCUCAGGAGAGGACUUGCCAGUAACAGCUCCAGAAAAUGUUCAGGCUGUGGUGCUGAACAGCACUCUGGCAGAGGUGCACUGGGAUCCUGUGCCUCAUAAACUAAUAAGGGGACAUCUCAAAGGAUAUAAGGUGUACUACUGGAGAGAGCGCAGCCUCCACAAACACAACCCCAACCUAUUCGAGAAGCUGAUCCUGACCUUCAGUGGGAACCACAGCCAUGGCAAGCUGCCCGGUCUGCAUCCCUUCAGCCUCUACUCCUUCAACGUCAGAGUUUAUAAUGGCAAAGGAGAGGGCCCCCCAAGCCCCACCCAGCAGUUUGAAACUCCCGAGGGAGUACCUGGGGCUCCUACUUCCCUGAUAGUCACCAACUCAAACCUGGACUCUUUAACCCUUGAAUGGAGUCCUCCUCAUGAUCGCAAUGGACGCAUCACUGGCUACACCCUCAAAUAUCAGCCAGUCAAUAACUCCAAUGAGCUGGGCCCAGUGGAGGAGCUGGCCCUGCUCGCCAAUGAGACCUCAGUCACUUUGUCCAACCUCAAGUACAGCACACGCUACAAGUUUUAUUUGAAUGCGAAAACAGGCAGGGGAGCAGGCCCAGCCAUUUCUCAGGAAGUUGUCACCAUCAUGGAUGAAGGAAACACCCAAACCUCUCAUCCCAUUGCAUGGUCUCCUCCACGCCGUCCGCCCCACAAGGCACGGCCUGUGAGUCCUUUUGGGAACGUUAGCUCCUCGGUUGGAGAGGACGGGGCCCUGAUCAGUUGGGAGUACUGGGGCCCGGAGAAAAACGUUUAUGUAGAAUACAUAGUAGAAAACAGUGAAGGUGAAGAGGAAUGGCAAAAAGAGCUUGUGAACGGCUCUCAGAACGUUAUGCUGAAGGGCUUAAAGGGGGGCCUCUCCUAUAGGGUGCGUUUGGUUGCCAAAGGUCACCACGACCAGCCGCUCCACCACUCCGAGGAGCUAUUGGUCACGGUACCAGCUGUGGCGAGCAGACAGGUGGACAUCGCCACUCAGGGAUGGUUCAUUGGCCUCAUGUGUGCCAUCGCUCUUCUCAUCCUGAUCCUCCUCAUCAUCUGCUUCAUCCAGAGGAAUAAGGGAGGGAAAUACCCUGUCAAAGAGAAGGAGGAUGCGCACACAGACCCAGAGUUCCAGCCCAUGAAAGAAGAUGACUGCACUUUUGGGGAAUACAGUGACAAUGAGGACCAUAAACCAUUAAAAGGGAGCCGCACACCAUCUAAUGGGACAGUUAAGAGGGACGACAGUGACGACAGUUUAGUUGACUACGGUGAAGGAGGAGACGGACAGUUCAACGAGGAUGGCUCGUUUAUCGGCCAGUAUAGUGGAAAGAGUGCCAGCAGGGACACUGCUGAGGGCCACGAGAGCUCGGAGGCCCCGUCUCCUAUAAAUGCCAUGAACUCCUUGAACUCAUUUGUGUAGCCAAUCAGUCCUCACAGACCAGUAUGAGGUGCUGCACUGACUGCUCAAUCCCCACAGCUCUCUUAAAGGGCUGUCCCAACAGCGCAUGGCUUUAUGAUCACACGUCCAUCCCCAGUGCCAAGCAAUACACAGUAAAUACAGACAACUCGUCAAAGACAUUUAUGUUUGGAAAUCUUUAUGGAGAGGCUUGGAAACCCACAGCUCAUUAUAUAGGAAGUAGCUCAACCAGUCAUGAUUUUAACAGUGCAUGAAAUACCAGAUAUUACCUAAAUCCAUAUAUAAAUUAACACUUUGAUAUUAACAAGUGUUGCAUUCUUGCUGUACCAGGAAUCUCUUACGGACUAUGCAUUGCUCGUCUGAACUAUAUUUGUUUUUGUUAUUGGUUCUUAUAUUAUCUACUAUGUUCAAAUAGAAAUCAGUGUCUACAGUAAAUGACUAUUACACCAUGUAUUUUUUUCCAACACAGAAGCUUGUACAGGAUUCUGUAUUUAAUAAUGUAAUUCGUCAUUAGUCAUGUAAUUCCAUCAUGCAUUUACAGCGCACAAGGC